AUGGAUGCGUCCUCCGUGGACGUAAGGCGCUCAGCCUUCGAGAAACUCGCGGCGCUUGGAGUCAAGUCAAAGGAAUAUCACGGGGAACAGGACAUCAACCGACUCCUUAAAGCAUGCGGUGGACCGAAGCUGCAAUCCAAUGGUUCUUUAGACGGUGUCUUCAGGGGCCAGGCCCCGACCUCUCGAGUGCCCAUGACCAUUCGAGAGCUGGAAAUUCUACUUGCUUUGUGCAAGACCUCACCGACAGUGUCUCAUCUUGACCACGCGGUGAGAUUGGUUUCGCAACUUUCCGAGUACUUGCCCGAGUCCCAUAGUCAGCUCUUCCGGUCCUCUCCAUUCCUGGUUGGCAUCAAGCCAUCACCAUGGGAAGAAUUAACCCGCAGCCUGACAACUGCCCUCCUUUCGUUGGCGUUGAACCACCCUUCUCUUCAGGACACAGCGGCGAAUGCUGUUGCCACAUACUUAGCAAACUGCGCUCAAGCAGUGGACGCCAUCGCUCCUGGGCCCAGUCAGCGUUCCCGGGCAGACGAUCCCGGCGAGCCAAAAGAGUCAGCGGAUAUAAUGGCAUUCACAGUCUCCUUCGUUGGGUUUUUGGAGGCAUCCGCACCUUACGCUCAUUUCUGGACGGCUGCGCAGAAAUUGGACAUAAUCAAGCAGGUGCAGGGAAUAUUGUCCGAGGGUUUUCUGGUGGCCGUUGAGACUGCUUCAUCCACAAUCCGUAAUUCAAAUACAUCCGACCAUGUCUUGCGAGAUUGGAGAAGGUAUUCUCGACGCUAUGCAGCCCAAGGUCGCCCUUUGGGUGCUAUGUUAUUACAGCAGGGUUUUAUGAAGUUUGUUAAGGCAUGCACAAUCACGACAGUCUUCGGAGCGCAGACUGUCAAUGAUGAAAGGCUUCUGGAUAACUACAUGACCGGAGUAGCUGUCCCAAGAGGCAACAGUGAUGACGCAGAGGGUGCUCUCGUCAAACAUUUGGUGAAUGCCAUUGCAGAGGAAAUCCAUCUCCUCGAAGACGGUUCUGAUUAUCUACAACUUGGUUCAUCUUGGCAGCAGGAGCUGGCAUUCUCUGUGAAAGCUUCGGCUCUUGUUGGCUUUCUCAACUGCGUUAUAUUGGAUGAAGAAUCAGCGGAUAUCGAGUUGUUGCUUUCGUGGCUCGAGGACACCCUUGCUGAUGCAAACCAGAUGGCGAGCUUUGACUUAGCCACUGUUGCUUUGAAGACUGUCGCUAGUAUCGCGAGAUUAUCGCCUUCCAACGCUUCAAAUCUGAGUCGUUCCUUGCUUAGGUUUAUUGUCCAAGGUGGAACGACUGGUCCUGUUGUUUCAGUGGCCGCCCAUUGCCUUGCCCAGGUCUUGAAUAUUUUGUCUCAAGAUUCCGUCAUCACGACACUAUAUUCAUUAGGAAAUGUAUUGAGUCCAACUGCCACAAGCACCGAGAAGUCCGCUCAGUAUUCAGUUGACACUCUUGAGAACGGCGCCAAUCCUGAACCCUACGCGCAACCGACCAACGAGAGCGUGAUUUCUCUUUCUUGCAAUGGCGAGGAGGAAACCACGGUAACUCACCGCAAUGUCAUCCACGCCAUUGUCACGAUUGCUACUAGCUGUAAUGAUGAUAAGAUCACUGCAUUAGCGCAGUCGAUGCUCCUUCAGAAAAUUGGAAAAAUCAAUAUCGUCGUGGACGCCUGCAUCAUUCAAGAGACAGCCACUCUGGCACUGAGCAACAGUCUAACUGAGUUUCAGCUGCUGCUCAAGUUUUAUACCCGUCUCCAUCGAGAAGGGCUUGCCAAGGGCCACAGUAUAAUUCUUGACGCCGUCCAGAAUGCGAGAACCUAUCUCUCUGUCAGCCUGAAACGAAACUCUUCGCUUUACAGGAUUUACCUAAUUCACCUCUUGGAAAGCAUUGUUAACAAGGGAGAUGUAACCGAUCUUGAACAUGACCGACAAAAAGAUAUUGUGCUCUCGCCAGAUGAUAUUACUCCCCUUCUCAAGCCUCUGGCACUUCUUGUCUCCUUGCGAAAUGAAACCAUAGGUGAUCCUCCCGAGAUCUCUGAAUAUGACGAGGAUAUGGCUGCUCUAUUCAGAGACGCUUGGUUUAAUAUCGCAGUUCACGGUAUAUCGCUCAAUUCUGAUGUUGGCCGACGAUAUUGCGACGAGCUCCGUGUUCUCGCCCAACACUCACCUCCAUUGGUGCCCGAAAACCGGACUGAGGUUCUGGAGAGUGAUGUAGAGCUGAACACCAUUCUGAGGCGAGGCAUGGCACCUCACCGAGUCGCCGAGCAGAAGAGGAUGCUCAUUAGCGAAUUACCUGACCACGAGUCUGAUGUCAAACGCCUGAACUAUCCAAAAACCAUCUUUCUGAAUGCAAGCUUGCUUAUUGAAAGUUUGCGGGCGUCCUCUGGAGAUUGCACAAAAAUUCUAACUUAUUUCCUCGACCCGAUGCUGAAUACAUCCGAAAUGGGCGGUUGUAUGGACGCUGUUGCUGAUAAGGCUGUCAGCAUUUACUUGGCAAAAACCCUGUCUGGGAAAAACGAGGAGUUCUCGGCCCCAUGUCUGUCAAAGCAGCUGGCUGAGAUUUUUGUGGCCUGCUGCCAUCGCAUAGGCAGGGUGCAGGAAGUUGCCAUCUCUUGCGCGAACAAGAUUAUUAGCAGAUCUCCUUCAGCAUUAUGUGAAAGACACUCGCUAUUCGCCUUGCUGGACCUUCUGACUGUCAUGUGGUCAUCUUGCCUUGAGGGAGAAUUGGAUGAGUUUGGUUGGAAAUCCACUUUCACCUCCUCCAGAGGCCAGGUUAAGGUUGAAUUAUCCGACAAUUACGAAUUCAGAAGACGCACACUAGAUUCGUUUUACAUCAGAGCUAAAGGUUGGGUGACGACGGUUGUAAAUAUUGCGCCGCUGGACGUUAAGGGCCUCUUGCAGACGUAUCUUUCAGAGUAUGAGGAUGACGGAGCAUAUGGCCAUAUUUCAUUAGGCCGCUCGUUUGCUCUGGAGAUGGCAUCUCUUAUUCCCCAGAGUGAUCAACGACUGGGUUCCAUUGACAAUUAUGGCAUAGACACGGUCAACUUUGCGUCUGAUUUUAUUGCACAGUACACUACGCGUCAAGAAUACCGAUAUUCAGAAGUGCCGCCAAUGAGCAGUCGAGCCAGCAUGGCUGACAAGUCCAGUUCGUGUGCCCAACUCCUGUGCUGUCAUUCCUUCUCUAACGAUCGAAUCAUCAAAGGCCUGGAGAUCCGCGCCACUGCGUCAGACACAUCCCAAGCUGUCAAAGAUAUGGAAGUGAUCUUGGCCCAUCUUUCUGAUCAGAUAUCCAAUGGGAUCGAUGUCUCUACUGACGAACUUCGCGAAGCGUUGCGGCGGGCCGCUGCUUUGCUAUGCAGUGGCAAUGAAGCUCACCCUUCAAUAGUUCACUACCUGGUCGGGAUACCCUUUCAGAGAUUCACAAAGGAGUCAAUAAACUUUGGGAUCUCACUCUGGCUCGGUGUAAUCCAUGAGAACCAGAACACGGAAUCUAGAAUCCUGGUUGAAGUGGCUGAAGCUUGGGAAAGGACCGUUCAACGCAAGAAAGGAAUUUUCAAUCCUUCCUUCAAUCAUCCGGAUCCAUUCGUCACAAAUAUCGAACUUCUACCUACAGAUAAAGCCUCCAUGCUUAGGAAACAGCAAAAGGCCCAGGAUAUUCUUUCUCCACACUUACGCAUUCUUCAAUUUUUCGAAAGCCAUUUUAACGCUAUCCGGCUAGGCAGUCCGCACUCACAGAGGAUAUUCUGUCGCGUGAUCAGCAGUACUCUCGUAGGCCUGAAAGAAACAUACGGACAUCCCCUAGCUAGAGAGGUCCACUUUCACAUCAUCUUGUUCGGAUUAAGAGUCCUCAAGCACUCGACGACUCAAAGCGCCAUCUCAAAAUGGAAAUUGAAAGAUCAGAUUCUGUCGGCCGCUCUAAGUUGGUUCAGACAUCCGCCUAGGUGGUCUUUUGGCGGCAACCGACUGCAAAUUAAGGCCGAAGACAAAGUACUUAAUGACGUUGCAUCUGCUCUAAAGAGCGUUGCCAGCAUAGGCUCUGCCAAUUCGGGGUCGUAUAAAACGUUACAGAGCAAGCAAGAGCUGCUACAAACUCUGAUUGAAAAUGAGCGGGCACGUCUCAAAGUGUGGCUCUACCCACUUGAACAGGAGAAAAGACACUAUAUGCCGGGUUUCGGUAACAAGAAUAACCCUGAGGGAAUUGCCUCGUUGCUCAGAAUUGCAUGGGCGGAGAGUGCCAGCUUGGCAAUUCAAAUAGCAGCUCGGUUCCCAUCAGAUAAGAUCCGCAACGACGUGCGUUGGUUGCUUCUCAACUUCCCCGAGAAGGCGCUGGACGUGCCAGAGAGUCUCGAAAUUAUGUUCGGCUCAGCUUUACCAGCGGACAUUUCCUUCCAACUCAAGUACUUAUUGUAUUGGGCUCCUGUGCCGCCCAUUGAGGCCCUCACAUAUUUCUUACCUGCCUAUGGCAACCAUCCAUUCAUUUUACAAUACGCAAUGAGAGCGUUAGAGAGCCACCCCAUCGAUGUCAGAUUUUUCUUCGUUCCCCAGCUUGUCCAAGCCUUACGAUACGAUGCCUUGGGUUACGUGGAGCGAUACAUUUUCGAGUCCGCGAAGCUGUCUCAAUUAUUCGCACACCAAGUGAUCUGGAACAUGAAAGCUAAUGCAUACAAGGAUGAAGAUUCUCAAAUUCCUGAUCCCAUCAAGCCCACAUUGGAUAACUUUAUGGACAUGCUGGUGUCGAGCUUUUCGAGCGAGGAACGAGACUUCUAUGAGAGGGAAUUCUCUUUCUUCAACGAGAUCACGGGAGUCUCCGGGAAACUGCGACCGUAUAUCAAGAAGAGUAAGCCUGAGAAGAAGCAAAAGAUCGAAGAAGAAUUGCGCAAAAUCAAAGUUGAAGUUGGGGUGUAUCUUCCCAGUAAUCCGGAUGGCGUGGUCGUCGGGAUAGACCGCAAAUCGGGAAAACCGCUACAGAGCCAUGCAAAGGCUCCUUACAUGGCCACAUUCCGGAUCAAGAAGACUAGGCGUCGAACUGAUGAUACUGUGGACAAGCCAAAGACCGCGAACCAGAGGGCGCGAGAUAGCACGGCUGAUUCCACAGUCCAGGCGUCAGCGGAUGGAGGCCAGGAAACGUACGAAGUCUGGCAGUCCGCCAUAUUCAAGGUCGGUGACGAUUGUCGGCAAGAUGUGCUCGCCCUGCAGAUGAUUGCGGCUUUUCGAAGUAUUUUUGCCAACGUGGGACUCGACGUCUGGGUGUUCCCAUACCGUGUCACUGCUACGGCACCUGGCUGCGGGGUCAUUGAUGUCCUCCCCAAUUCGAUCUCUCGUGACAUGCUUGGUCGCGAAGCCGUGAACGGGCUGUAUGAUUACUUUGUUACCAAGUAUGGAGGCGAAGAAUCUACGAGAUUCCAGGAGGCGCGAACCAACUUUAUCAAGAGCAUGGCCUCCUACUCGGUCAUCUCUUACCUUCUGCAGUUUAAAGAUCGACACAACGGCAACAUCAUGAUCGAUGAUGCCGGCCAUAUCAUCCACAUCGACUUUGGAUUUUGCUUCGAUAUCGCUCCGGGAGGGGUUCGCUUUGAGCGGGCUCCUUUCAAACUGACCUCGGAGAUGGUGGCGGUCAUGGGUGGUGGACAACACCUGGCUGGUGGCGGAGUCUCCAGCACCGGAAUCCAUCUCCCCGGCACUCACAGUCAUGACCCCACGACUACCCAGCCAUACCGAUGGUUCGAGUCGCUUACAGUCAAAGCGUUCUUAGCCUCUCGUCCGCAUGCAACGAAGCUGAUGCAUAUCGUGACGAUGAUGCUCGACAGCGGCUUGCCCUGCUUCAAACCAGACACCCUGAAGAACUUCCGCGACCGGUUUGUGCUCGACAAGAGCGAGCGAGAGGCGGCAGAUUACAUGCGGGAGCUAAUCCGCAAGAGCUACCUCAGCUUCUCUACCAAGGGAUACGAUCAAUUCCAGCUGAUGACCAAUGGUAUUCCUUACUGA